GCAGGACAGGGGUUCCCGCAGGCGAGGGACCGACCGCAGCACCUGUGUGACACGGGGCAGCGGUACCGAGCAUCCUCAGACAAGGGAAAGACAGGGAGCUGCUGGAGAGGGUUCAUCAGAGGCCACAGAGGUGAUGAGGGGUCUGGAACAUCUCCCUGAUGAGCAGAGACUGCAGGAGCUGGGCCUGGCUUCUGAAUGUGGCACAAAAAGGAGCACAUCAACUGAAGGCAAUGAACCUUGUGAAAAGAAGCCCAAGGCACAACAAAUCACUCUAGAAGAUAUCUGUAACCCACUGAAGACUCAGGAUAAAAAAGAACCUCAGAAGCAUGAAAAGCCCUGUAUAUGUUUGCAAACUCUAGACAGACUGAGAGAAUUCAGCAGUGAUUCAGACCAGCAGUGUACCAGAAUCGAGGAUGGUUUUCAGGAGAAAGAGUCCAAGAGUUUGAAAAAAUGUCCCAGUAUUACUGGGAGAAGUUCAGAAUUGAAGAUCCCUCUUCCGUCUUGGGACACUGACCCAAAGGUUGCUCAGAAGGAGGAGGUACGAUGUGAUCUUAGUCAGUUUUCUGCAUCUCUUAAGUCCUAUGAAAAUACUCAGAAUGCUUUGGAUACAAAUCUUAAUAAAAGAACCAAAAGCAUUUACACUCCAUUAGAACUUCAGUUCAUAGAAAUGAAGAAACAGUAUAAAGAUGCUGUUUUGUGUGUGGAAUGUGGAUACAAAUACCGCUUCUUUGGAGAAGAUGCAGAGAUUGCAGCUAGAGAACUGAACAUCUAUUGCCACCUGGAUCACAACUUCAUGACUGCCAGUAUUCCGAGCCACCGGCUGUUCGUCCACGUGCGGCGCCUCGUGGCAAAGGGACAUAAGGUUGGAGUAAUAAAACAAAUGGAAACUGCAGCGCUGAAAGCUGCUGGAGAAAACAAAAGCUCUCUCUUCAGCCGUAAGCUGACUGCUCUCUACACUAAGUCUACACUUAUUGGAGAAGAUGUGAACCCUUUGCUGAAGCUGGAUGAUUCUGUAGAUGUUGAAGAGGUAACAAGAGAUGUCCCUGAUAACUACCUCCUCUGUUGCUGUGAAAAUGGAGAAAACCUAAGGGGCAGGAAGACAGGUGACAUUGUUAUAGGCAUUAUGGUGGUCCAACCAACUACUGGAGAAGUAAUUUUUGACUGUUUUCGGGACUCUGCAUCUCGCUCAGAAUUGGAGAGUCGAGUUUUGCGCCUGCAGCCAGUUGAAAUAAUUCUUCCAUCCAGGCUGUCAGAUCAAUCUGAAAAGCUCAUCAGCAGUAUAACAUCCAGGAGGUUACAGGAUGACAGAAUUAGGAUAGAAAGGAUGCAAAACCUCAAUUUUGAAUACAGCUAUGCUUUCCAGCUGAUUACUGACUUCUAUGCAAAAGAAGUGCCUGGUACCACAGGUCCUCAAAAACUAUCUGUAAUACUAAGCUUGGAUAAGCCUGUUAUUUGCUCUCUGGCAGCAGUAAUUGCAUACCUCAAAGAAUUUAAUUUGGAAAGGAUGCUUUACGAUCCAAGAAAUUUUAAACAGUUGUCCAGUGAAACUGAAUACAUGACAAUUAAUGGGACAACAAUGAAAAAUCUUGAAAUUUUGCAGAAUCAGAUGGACAUGAAAACAAAAGGAAGUCUACUCUGGGUCUUGAAUCAUACUAAAACUUCCUUUGGACGUCGAAGACUGAAGAAAUGGGUGACUCAGCCUCUCAUGAAAUCCAGUGAAAUAAAUGCCCGGCUUGAUGCUGUGUCUGAAAUUCUGCUGUCAGAAUCCAGCGUGUUUGGUCAGAUUCAAAAUCUUCUUUGUAAGCUGCCAGAUUUAGAGAGAGGCCUCUGCAGUGUUUUUCACAAAAAGUGCUCAACACAAGAGUUCUUCCUGAUUGUCAGCACCCUGUCUCGCCUGCACUUGGAAAUCCAAGCUCUUGUCCCAGUGCUGCAUUCCCAUGUGAGAUCUCCGCUAUUAAAAAGUGCACUGUUGGAAGUCCCAGAGCUUCUCUCUCCAGUAAAACAUUAUUUAAAGAUCCUUAAUGAAGAAGCAGCCAAGACUGGAGAUAAAACCCAGUUGUUCAAGGACCUUACAGACUUCCCUGUCAUCAGAAAGAAAAAGGAGGACAUCCAGGGAGUGCUUUCUAAAAUCCAAUUGCAUCUGCCAGACAUUCGUAAACAGAUUAAGAAUCCUUCUGCUGAGUAUGUUACAGUUUCAGGUCAAGAGUUUCUGAUAGAAGUCAAGAAUUCCCAUAAAUCAUCUGUGCCAUCUGACUGGGUUAUGAUUAGUAGCACAAAAGCUGUGAGCCGCUUCCACUCUCCUUUUAUCAUAGAAAAUUACAGGCAUCUGAAUCAGCUCCAGGAGAAGCUCAUCCUUGACUGCAGCGCUGAGUGGCUGAACUUCUUAGACCAUUUCAGUGAACAUUAUCACUCUGUGUCUAAAGCCAUUGGUCACCUAGCAACUGUCGACUGCCUGUUCUCUCUUGCCCUGGUGGCUAAACAAGGAGACUAUUGCAGACCAGUUGUGCAAGAUAAUCGGCAAGAAAUAAUUAUAAAAAAUGGGAGGCACCCUGUAAUUGAUGUACUCCUGGGAGAACAGGAUCAGUAUGUUCCAAAUACCACUAACCUUUCCGGAGAUGGUGAAAGGGUCAUGAUAAUAACUGGGCCUAACAUGGGAGGAAAGAGCUCCUACAUAAAGCAAGUGGCCUUGAUCACAGUCAUGGCACAGGUCGGUUCUUAUGUUCCUGCAGAGGAAGCGACAAUUGGAAUCGUGGAUGGUAUUUUUACCAGAAUGGGUGCAGCAGACAAUAUCUACAAAGGCCGAAGUACCUUCAUGGAAGAACUGACGGAUACUGCCGAGAUAAUAAGAAAAGCCACGCCAAGAUCCCUGGUGAUCCUGGAUGAGUUGGGCAGAGGGACAAGCACACACGAUGGAAUUGCCAUCGCUUAUGCUACACUUGAACACUUUAUUAGAGACGUGGAGUCCCUGACCCUGUUUGUCACUCACUAUCCCUCGGUUUGUGAGCUGGAGAAACUGUAUCCAGACAAAGUUGGUAAUUACCACAUGGCUUUCCUGGUGAAUGAGGAGGAGGAAACUGGUGAACAAAAAGGAUCUGAAGUUGAAGAGAAUCCUGAAUUUAUCACUUUUCUUUAUCAAAUAAUUAAAGGAAUCUCAGCAAGGAGUUAUGGGCUAAAUGUUGCCAAACUGGCAGAUAUUCCUGAAGAAAUCUUGAAGAAGGCAGCUCACAAAUCAAAGGAGUUGGAGAAAAUAGUGAAUAUGAAAAGAAAGAAAAUGAAGUGUUUUGCUGAAGCGUGGAAGAUAAAUGAUUCUCAGGAACUGCAGAAGUGGAAAAAAAAAUUUUAAUGCCUUUGUCCAUCUUGUCUUGAAGGUGUCACCUUCAGAGAUCACAGUGCCACAGGUGAGCAACAAAAACUGGCAGAGCAUUUUGAUGGGAGAGAAGGAGAGGGAGGGCUGGGUGCACUGUCACUGCCUUUGUGUGUUUGGUUCUAUAAAAAAGUCCUUAUGGAAUACGCAGAGUAAAAUACAUUACCAAUACAAUUACCUCUAUUGCUCACAGACAACAUCUGUCACUGAAGUAAUUCUCCAGAGGAUUUCUCUUUGUGUUGCAAAGUUUUCCAGCAGUAUUUAUAGAAAUUACAUGAAUAUGCCUACCACAUAUGUUUACAAAGUGUAGAAAUCAAUUUAAAGAUCACUGCAAUGUCAGCUCGGUCAGGUAUUGCGAUAAAGUGUGUUUACUGCAAUGAAGUUAAUGUUUAUUUUUGAAAUCUGUCUGAAAGUAAAUUAUCCAAAUAUUUCUACUAUAUGUAAAAUUAUUGAGAAUUUGAUUCUAUUCUUUUAGUAGAAAUACCUUGCUAGUUCUGAUAUGUUUCCUAGGGAAAUAAAGGUUUGGUGGAUUGUGUUGCACUGAGAGAAGUGGGACUUCCUUAAGGUAUAUAUAUAUAUAUACCUUGCCUAGACUCAGAGAUAGGCAGAAAGCAAAGGAUAUUUUCUUAAUUUCUUAAAAAUCUUAAGCAAUUUCUGAAACAAUAGUCUUGACUUGUAAGAUGCAAGGCCUUGCAGGCUAUGCUGUGUAUUUUCUGAGACUGGACUGGUUUAAGCCAUACGUGAACUGUGGGGAGAAACAUAAGGCAUUUAUAGUUUUCAAAUAUUUAUGUUCUUUUGAACUUGCAAGGAAUCUGUAAUUUAUUUUUUUUUUACUGCUCUCCUUCCAAAAGUUUCCAUGUAAGUGAAAGUGUUUUUUCAGGUGUUAUAAAGUAAGGUCAUUUUUAUUUAAAAUACUGGUAGCUGCCACUAGUAAUAAUAAUAAUGAAAAAUGCUUCUGAUGUUAAUGGAAUUUUUAACCCUUUUUCUUUUAUUUUUUAAGCAGUCACUUUUUAUUGUGCUAUAAGAAAAUGGGUGAUUCUUGGGAAAGAAGGGAUUGGAAAACACAAUAUGCAGCAAAUAUCAAAUGCACAAUCUGCAAUAAAGAAGUAGAAAUCAA